ACCUCUAAAACCACAGUUUAUUUCUUCUCCAUCUUGAGGAGCUGCAACCCAUCAAUGGCAGUUCUCAAGCUCAUCCUCACUCAUGCUCGCCGCCAUUCCUUUGCCAGACCUCCUUCUCUUUCAACUUCUCACUUCCUUCACUUUCGAAGAUCACUCUCUUCCUCUCAAUCUGAUUCUAACCCAGAUCCCGAUUCUCCCCCUGAUCAAUCCUCUCCAAGAACCUCUCGUUCCGUUCCCAUUCAGCCAGUUUCCUACGCCGUCAAGCCCAAGCCACAAGCCGAUGAGAACCAAGAUUCCCCAGUAACGCUUCAAUCUCCACCGCCUCCACAGGGGCCGCCGCCAAGGCCUGAAGGUCGGAGGACGUGGACUCGUGAGGAUGUUCGAUAUAUGAAGGAUGCUCCAACUAUAACUCCCGUUUCUUAUGCGGCACGUGUUGCUCCGCUUCCGGAAGAUACGGGUUCGGCUUCGGGUGGAGGAGAAGAGGGUGUGGUGACUGAGCAAAUGGAGGAGGAAAGGAAGAAAAUUGAGGCGGCGAAUCAAUGGAGGAGGAGGGUUUUGAGGGUUGCGGAGGAGGAGAAAGUUACUGCUCCAUUUCCGAUGCUGAUCAAAGUCGAGAAGAAGGAACAGAAGGUAGUUCUUGAUUUGAUAGACGCUAUCCGGCAAGUGAAGGCUGCUGCCAAGGGAAAUUUUGAUGAGACUGUUGAAGCACAUGCAAGGUUGGGGGUUGAUGCUAGGAAAAUGCAAGUUCUGGGUAACAUGACUCUGCCUCAUUCCAUUGGGAAGACUGUCAAAGUGGCUUUCUUUGCUGAAGGGGCUGACGCUGAGGAAGCAAGGGCUGCUGGAGCUGAUAUUGUAGGUGGCCUUGAACUAAUAGAGCAAAUUGCAAGCAGUCGGAAAUUCAAUGCUGAUAAGUGUUUCUCUACCCCUGAAAUGAUGAGGCGCAUUGGCAAGAUUUCCAAGAUUUUGAGACAGCGUGGAUUGCUACCAGAUCCUAAACUAGGUACUGUGACCAGUGAUAUCAAAGGGGCCUUAAAGAAAGCAAGAGAAGGACACAUGCAUUUUAAAAUGGAUUCCACAUCUAUUGUGCAUGUGGGGCUUGGGAAGGUGAGUCAUUCGGAAGAGUUCUUACGAGAAAAUAUUGGUGCAUUUGUGAAUGCUCUUUUGCUUGCAAAGCCUGUUGGCUUGAAAAAAGCCUCAAAAUAUGCUGGAUAUUUAAAUUCCUUCCACAUAUGUAGCACGAUGGGUCCCGGAUUCCCAAUCACAAUACAAUCAUUGUCCAAAGUUGCAGAUCAAUACAACAGAAAGUACUUAAGUGGUGUGGUCCGAUGAAAUCUAAAGUUGUAGGUUUUUUCGUAGCCAUUUUUUCAUCUUUGAUCUCCCUUUUCCCCAAUUAUAAUUCAAUUGUUAUAAAGCAGGAAGUAGUCUAGAUUGGAUUGGAUUAUGUUCAACUAUUUAUUGAGGACAUUCCAUCUUUUUUGUGUACUGAGGUAGAAACUGUUAGCUUUUACUGAAUAGCAGCAGAGUCAUUUUGAUUUUGGCUUUGCUCUGUUUGUUGUAUUUACUUGAUCGAUCUUCUGGGCUCUUGCAGUUUGUUUAUCACUAAACACUAGCUGUGGUUUUUGUGGUCUUCAGUACUCCUUGUGACUUGUGAGACUCAUAGCUGCUUGUGGAAAAUAAAAGGCAAGCUUUCUUAUAAAGAUAAAGUCUGGAUUUGUGAAACA